GUAACUUCAGUUGAAUUUUAAAUUAGUUUCUGCUAACACUGUGAGACGUGAACUGUAAUUAUUUGCAUUUAAUUUACGCGACAAUUUAAUUCCUUCGCUCCCAUAUAUACACACAUACACAUUACCGUAUUAAAUCCAUGUUACAUUAUUCCUUUAACGAAUUUUUCCUUCGUUUUUUUUUGUUCUUUUCUCCGUGUAUACAUAAAAUAAGCAAAUGAAAAAUGUAUCAACAAAUAUCCAUUAGUUCCAUUUUCUUGGCAUUACUAAUUUACUCGACUUAUGCUGAAGAGGUUUUAAUACAAAUCGUGGUCAAAAAGCCAAUAAAUAUUGUCAGUGAUAGAUAUGUAAGCUUUUCGAUGGAUCCAGGUCAUUUGUUGGACUUAUGUUUAAGACCGAGUGACACUGAGAACGCAACAAUGCUGGCACAAAAUCUGGGGUCCGCAUACUUUAAAAUAACUGGUGGUUCGGCCGAUCAAUUUACGUUGGACGAUGGGCAAAUUCCAGUGAAAGAAAAUCAAAUACGAAUUCUACCCGCAGAUUGGCAGGCUUUACAUCAAUGGAUAAACAAGACAAGCUUAAAGCCCAUCGUUUCCUUGCCUUACUCAUCCAAACAAUGGUCACCGCGUAAUAUUAUCAGUAUUCUGGGAAUAUCGAAUCGGCUAGGCAUCCAGAAAUGUAUUUGGCAAUUAGGAUCAGAGCUGAAUUCAACGGAGGCCAUUGACUACGUUGACGCACUGGGCACUCUUAAAACUAUGAUCGAUGUUUUUCGACGAACUGGAAGGGAUUGGAACGUCAUCGGGGCGGAUAUAGGUUCAGGUUGUAGAGCUGAUGAAGCAGAUCUGUAUGCAGAAAUAUCGAAACAUAUUUCAGUAGCAAAUGGAUGGACUCAGUCAGUGGAACACAAUUCGCUUGAACAGGACAGCAAGCGAUUUUUCGAGACAGAUCCAGCGCUUCGUAGUCUUCUUAGAUCAAAAACUCCCGUUUGGCUUAAUGCACCAAAGUCUACACGAUCGUUGAAUAGCGAACUUUGCGGACUAGAAUGUCAAUUCAACGGCAUACGAUGGGCCAAUACACUAGGAUCAUCAGCUCAGAAUGGAUUCAAAGUUGUGUUUCAAAGAGUCGACAAAUUCGAUGUUAUUUAUCCGUCACUAAGCUACUACGUGUCUGUCCUUCACAAAAAACUUAUGGGAACAAAGGUGUUCGAUACCAAAAUGUUGAACGGCGACAAUUUAUCACCGAAAUUCUUUGCACACUGCACGCGAAACAUGUCCGGAUCGUUUUCUGUAAUGGGAGUGAAUGCUUUCGAUUACCAAACAAAAACUUCAACCAAACUUCCGAGCAAGUACACUGGGCCGGAAAUUUACCAGUACAUACUAAGUGUCGAUAAUGGGCGCAUAUUGUUCAACGGCGUACCAGUGAAAAUUGAUUCAAAUUGGCAACCUAUUGUCAGGAUCAGAAAACAGAAUCGAUUGACAACUUUCACGCUACCACCUAGAUCGAUUGGAUUUUGGGUGUUCCCGUUGGCAAAUCUGCAACAAUGUUCCACCAAAUCGGACACUCAACUCAGUACACCUGCAAAGCAGGACACUUACGACGAUUUAGAAAACCACUCCAGAACUGCAUCUGAGAAACUACUCCACGAACUUAUUGAAGAAAUUGUACAAAUCGACCGUGAAAUAAAUGAAGUGAAACGUUCCAGACGACAUGCGGUAGUGAAAAAGGACUCCAAACAUAUGUACCGACUGAAACGUGAAGCCGUUCCUGGUUAUAAAACAAGAAGGGCUGUGAACAUGUUUAAGAAAUUCAAUGACAAAGCAGUUAGACCAAAUCUUGCCGUAUUCGAUCGCCCUAGACGACGAGUGACACGUCAGAUCAACCAAUUCAACCACAACAAUCGAUUCGCAAAAUUAUUUCAAAAUUUUGAACUUCCACAACCUAAGAAAUUCCAAUUAGCCAAAUUUUGGAACCUUCCACCUCCCACAAAAAAUGCCAUAGCACAAAAUCGGGUCGCCAUUCCACCAGUUACAUCGACUAUCCACGAUGUUUAUAGUGUGGAUCCAAGUGAGCAAAUUUUCAAAUCUGUAGAGAAUUCCGAACUUCCCACCGGCGAUGUUUUCUUCCAAGUUGGCGAAGAACGUAACAUGGAUUACGUUGAAUUCAAUGAUCAGUCAAAAAAAAUCGGAAAACAUUAUCAACCGGAUCAAAUGCAGAACGAUAAAUUUGUUGACUUUGAUGUAGAUGAUGGGCAGGAUGUUCCACACAACAUGUACGAAUUUCAGGCUGCAGCCAGAGAUAGGAAACAACCAUCGGCGGAUAUGAUUCCAUACACUGAAUUGUGGGAAUCGGAUGUAUACCAGAAAGCUCCACCACCACAGCCAACCAAUGAACGUAGCGAUUUUAUUGAAGAUGCAAACAAUCGUGAACAACGCAUUGAUUUGAUUGUGACUAAGGAACUACCACCGACCUUCAGACAGAAUCAGGAGAAUUUAUUGAAGGCGAAAAACAAAUUGAAUACGAUUUAUAUGAGUGAUGGAGACCGGAUGUCAGCCACCAAUAUGCAUAUACCGAUUCGCAAUUACGAUAUAAACGACGAUGGUUUCUUUGUCAGCAAACGAAAGAGACGUUCCAUCAAUGCUGCUUUGAACGAAGAAAUAGAAAAGAAAGUGAGCGACAUUAACAAGGCCGCUAGCAUUAACGGCGAAGAGAUGCCCGAUUUUGUUGAAUUUCUAACCAAAAAUGGCAGCAAGAUCAAUCUACUGGAAAAAAUCACCAAAAUUAUUGAAAGUCUGGAGAAAAUUGAGGAUAUUGGAAAGUACAAGAACAUUGAAAAGUUGGCAGCAGAAAUCAGAGAAUUGGAAAAUUUCUUAUUCAAACGAAAUAUCAAAUUUGGUGUGCUAAAGCCGAAGAAUCGAGCAACACAAAAGGAAAUUCGUAGAAAAUGUAAGAUUUUGUCAGUGAAUUUGGAACAACAAUGCCUGAAGGAAAAUGAUUUUUAUCCGAGCCGACUGAUGAAACGAGACAGCAAACCAACCACCGAUUACAAGCCGAAGAAGAUCGCGACACUGAAAAAUGUUUUCCCCCCGAAAAAAUCCGACAAUCACAACCGCAUUCGUCGAAACACCGUCUACGAAUCGUCAUCUUGGGAAAGCGACGAUCGAAACAAUAUGAUUUUGAAAGAAUUGCACACGGUCAAUGAAAUGAACAAUUUUGUGCCAUCCAUUUCGUAUAGGACAUCUGUUGUCCGCGAUGAUCAUCCGGAUGAAACAAAGAACGAGUACAUCGAACACAUUUCAGUUUUGCAGAAUCUGCCAGAGACGUAUCGUCCGAACAACGUCAUACAGGUAAAUGAAGUACAGCCGCCAGUUACAACAUUUUCGGUUGGUGCAAACUUGGAUGGAAGCCUAAUUGGAAAAGACAUUGACGGAGAUCCAAUGGCGAACGAAUUUCAUACACCUCGGUUCAUGCGGAAAAUUUCCGAUACAGUGCAUGAUUGGAUGAACAUUGUUGAAAAGCAUGUGUCUGGAUGGUGGCAGGUAUUGUCAUAGAAAUGUUCAAUCAUUUGGUUGAAUAGUUUUUUUUUACCUUUUUGCUAAGUUUUGUUAUUUAUGAUAUUGAAAUUUCGAAUUAAAAUCGACAUUUUUCGAAGU